UAAAAGAGAUGUUACCGGUCUAAUAUGCAGUUUUCUCUUUCACUCUCAUUCGGUUGAAAUGGUACAAAGGUGAGGCACUUAAAAUACGUGUCUCAAAAUAUUUCAUCAGUUGGUUACUCAGCAAGCAACGAAACGACGAAUAUAUAAAUAAGGGAAAACCUUUCUUAUACUUGGAGACACACAGUCAAGCGAAAUCCAAGGAAAGGGAAUCUAUUUUAAGAUCACAACUAAAAGACUUAGACGAAUCGAAUAACUUCGAAAGGUGACACACCACCAUGAGUCUUGUCUGGACUUUGAUUGCUGGCUUCCUUUAUGCCGAAAUAGCCGUGGUACUGCUAUUAGUCUUGCCUGUUGCCAGUCCGUAUAAAUGGAACCGUUUCUUCAAAUCCAAAUUUUUGGCCAUGCUGGCCCGGCAGGCUCACUUAUAUUUCUUCCUAAUAAUGGGAGUCUUGGUGCUCUUCCUGCUGGAUGCCAUUCGGGAAAUGCGUAAAUAUUCACACCACGACCACAGCAGCGAUGUACAUUUGAAUGUUGAAAUGCAACAUAGUAUGCGUUUGUUCCGUGCUCAGCGUAAUUUCUACAUAUCUGGAUUUGCAAUUUUCUUGGUCCUGGUCAUUCGUCGUUUGGUCACCCUGAUUUCGACUCAGGCCAAUCUCUUGGCUCAAAGUGAAGCUUCAAUGAAACAGGCCGCCUCUGCUUCGGCAGCUGCUAAGUCAUUGAUGGCCGAGAAGAAUACCGAAAAAGCUAAAGAAGCAACCGAGGAUGCUACAUUGGGAGAGCUAUCCAGCUUAAGGAGACGUGUACAAGGACUCACAGCAAAGCUAGCACAACAUCCCAUUUCAUAAGCAAAACGAACAAAAUAUAUUUCAAUCAAUAACUGUGUUGAUUUCUCUUGAAGAAAUGCACGGUAUCCUCCCAACACUUGAGGGCAUACAAAACAAUACUAUGCAAUUUGAAUUUUAGCAAAAAGACCCAACACAAACGAUCUAUCCUAUCUAUCCUUAUUAAUCCAAAACGACUCAUAACGAAAUCAACAAAAAUACAUAUAUUAAGUGUAUAUGUAAUAGUUGUGUUGUUUUUGUAUUUAUUAAGUUUACCCACAGUAUUGUUUAUAACGAUUUUUAAUGAAUAAUCUAUGUUUAUAUAGAUAGAAUAACGAGCUGCGAACUAAGCCUUUUUUUACAUACUAAUAUGUCUUUUUAUAUUAGAUUACAAAAUUGAAAGAUCGCAUCCAUGAGCUUACUGCCGAAUUGAAUCGUGAAAAGAAGGACAAGGAA